AUGGCUGUUCCUGGUCAAAUCUCCUCUCUGCAGGUUUUUGAAGUUCUCCUCAAGAACAAGCCGCACGCCCUGGAGCAUGUGACUCCAAUUUCUGGGGACUGCUGCCCGGACAUGGCCAUCAGCGAGGCGGAUCGAAGGAUAUUGAUAACGGAAGUGCAGGUGGUUAUGCAUGGAGCCGCUUCAGAGUUCAUAGAACCACUGCAGCAGGCGUUGAACAAAACGAGGGCGGUGCGCCUUAUGGUUCAGCUGGCCAAGGAAAUGCGGCGCCUCGAGGCCUUCGUCCACGUCUCGACGGCAUUCUCCAACUGUGUGGUGUACCAAAUCCAAGAGCGUUUCUACCCGGAGAACCUCACCUGCCCCGUUGAUAAGGUCCUCGACCUGAGUGAGUCCCUCGGUGGGGAGAUGGUAGAGAAGAUUGCACCGGCCUUACUCGGAAAAUACCCAAACACAUACACCUACACUAAGGCCCUGGGGGAACAGGUGAUUCAGGAGGAGGCCAAGGAUCUGCCAGUCGGCAUUUUCCGACCAGCCAUCAUUACAUCCACUUUUAAAGAGCCUGUUCGUGGUUGGAUUGAUGGCUUACAAGGACUGAUUGCGAUGAUGUUUGGCAUUAAUUACGGGGUCAUCCACAUAGCACUUGUUAAUCUUAAAGUUAAUGUUCCCUUAGUUCCUGCUGACUAUUGUGUCAACGUGGCCAUCGCCACAGCUGUACAGAUAGCCAAGAUCUCCCAGCAAGACAAAAAGAGUGCAAUUCCUAUAUACGCCUUUUCAAGCUGCCAAUCGAAUACAGUGACCUUUGGAGACCUUUCGGAAAAAUGUUACCAAACUGGGCUGAAGCCGACUGAAAAGAUGAUUUGGUACCCAUUUAACCAUAACAUCGCUUGUCCGUAUAUUUAUGACAUCGGCACCUACUUCUAUCACUUUCUGCCCGGAUUUCUGAUGGACAUCGCGUUGCGACUGAAAGGUCAAAAGCCGAUGAUGGUAAAGAGAUAUAGAAAGAUCGACGAAGGAAUGAAAUGCUUGUUUCCCUUUACAAGCAGAAACUUUCUCAUAGAAACAAAUAAUACCGACCAGCUGUGGCAGUCAAUGUCGCCGGAUGACAAGAAAAUGUUUCAUUUUGAUAUGUCGACACUAAACUGGAACAAUUAUUUCACGAGCGUCAUGAUCGGGAUCAGGCUGUUCUUGUUUAAGGAUCUCCCGACACCAGAAUCCCUUGCCAAGGGCAAGAGAAUUUUAUCUAGGUUUUACGUAUUGGAUACAAUUCUUAAAAUUCUUAUCAUUCUUGUAGCCGGUGCCUUUGCUUGGUUCUUAUUUAGCCUAGCAUUCAAUUAGGGCCCCUACUUCCCA